ACGCAGACUGUUUUUGUUUACCUUAGUUUUCUACUUUCAAUUCAAAAAUAAUCGGGUCCGUACACGUGUAGAGGUGACAGAUGUAAACAAAGUCCAGUUAGAGGAAUAAUUCGUUUGUUCGUUAUUACUAAUCAACAGAAAUUACUGACAGAAUCCCUCACAUUACGUCGUGGAGGAGAGAUAUUAACCUGUGCAAAAAUUAUCACAAUAUCGUGACCCACGUACAAUUAGUUGGACUAAGUUUGUGGAUUUAAAUCAAAUACUGUGAGAGACAGAGAUGCCACUGAUAGAAGAGAUUGUAGAGAAAACACCAGAGGUACAAACUGCACCUGCUGAUACUGUGCUAGAAAACAAAGUUAUCAUAGAAGUUGUUGACGACAAAACAACAAAUGGAGAAGCUGACACUGAUGACAUGCCUCCUUUAGAAGAAGAGGGAGGAGGAGAUACAAAUGUUGUUGUUAAGAAAGAGGAUCCCAAUCAGAAUGAUGUGAACAACAAGGACAGAAAUGUUGAAAAAGGAAAACAAGAUGAAAAAGAGAAAGAAGAGGAUAAAUAUUUCAGGUUGACAAAGAAGUUUCUGAAGCAACACUGCAAGGAUAUGAAGCUAUACAUCACACCUUCACUGAACGAUGUACUCUAUCUUCACUACAAAGGAAUUCAUAAAAUAGAAAGUUUGGAAGAAUACACAGGUCUGAAGUGCCUCUGGUUGGAAUGUAAUGGUAUUACAAAGAUAGAAGGCCUUGAGCACCAGGGGGAGCUACGGUGUCUGUACCUCCAUCAGAACCUCAUCACCAAGAUAGAGAACCUUGAACCUCUACAGAAACUGGACACCCUCAACGUCAGCAGCAAUCUGAUAACACAGAUUGAGAACUUAUCAUGUAUCCCUCACCUGCAUACGUUACAGAUUUCCCACUGCAAACUGAAGAAAGCAGAGGAUAUUGAACAUUUGAUUGAAUGUGAGGAACUCAGCUGCCUUGAUCUAUCACAUAACAAAAUCACAGAUCCUGCAGUUAUAGAUGUGUUUGAGAAAAUGAAAAAUCUACGUGUUUUGAACUUGAUGGGAAAUGAAGUGAUAAGAAAUAUCAAGAAUUACAGAAAGACACUUAUUGUCAGAUUGGUAAAUCUUCAGUAUUUGGAUGAUAGGCCAGUGUUUCCCAAAGAUCGAGCCUGUGCAGAAGCCUGGGAUAAAGGCGGUGUUGAGGCAGAGAGAGCUGAGAGACAAAGAUGGGUUGAUGCUGAACACAAAAAGAUUGCUGACAGUGUCAAUGCACUUGGCAAGAAAAGGAUAGCAAACAUGGCCAAACGUUUCCAGAAAGAACUUGAUGAGCAAGGAGAAGGGGAAGAGGUUGACGAGUCCACGAUAGAUUGGUUAACAGAUACAUACAAGACAAAAUCACAGGUGGCCAAGGAAAAGAAAGAAAGAGCUGAGAGAGGGGAGACAGAAAACGAUCAAAAUUCAGACUUGCCUGACCUUGAGGAUGUUGAUGUAUCAGAACAGUUGAAUAAUGAGCCAGGGACCAGACUAGUUAUUGAAGAUGUAACAGAGGAACAAGAUGUAGGAACCAGUCCACCUGAAGAGAUUCCACUCAUCAAGCCAAAUAACACUCAGCAUGAAGAGGGCAUCUUCUCUUCCAAAAAAAAAUCAAAGCCUGUAGAUAGCUCUGAAGUCUUCAUCACAGAGAUGGCAGAUGACAAAUCCAUUGAAUCAAUAAGUUUGCCUGCAUCAAGUAGAGCAGAAAAGGCAACUUUCAAGCCUAAAAUAGAAGUUCUUGGCGAUGAUGAUUCUGACACUGAUAGCGAUGAAGAUGAAGAGGGUACAAAAGAUGAACUCUGGGCCAAACCUACAACAGCUAAGCCAAAACUUAUUCAAGACAUUGAUGAACCUUCAGAUAUUGAAAAGACAAGAAAAUUAGUGGAAGAAGUCAGUACUGGUGCUUCAAACACAGGCACUCAUACAGAGAAAUCAAAGGAAAUGAUGUACGGUAUGGGACAGUUAAUAAAUAGUCCAGGUUCACUGAAAAUGGCCAUGGAUUUUUCGGAGGACGAGAAGAAAUAUGCCGCCAUGAGUAAAGAGGAAAAGAUACAGGAUCUCGCUGAAAACAUUGGUACUAGUAGAGGGAGAAAAUAUGAUAACCUGGAUGUAUGGAGUCCAGAUGAUGACCUUGACUGAUGACCUUUAUCAAUGACAUAGACCUUCGACCCUUGAAUGAAAACAAGGUUCAUGUGUUCAUUUUAUGCUCAGCUUGUAGACUACAAGACCUUUUUAGGUUACAGCUGAAAUGGUGCAAAAUAUUGCUACACAAAUAACAGAACAAAAUCAUUUAAAACUUUUUUAUUCAGCUGUGCCAGUGAGACUUCAAGUCAUAUCAGUCAGACGAACAAAAUAUAAUGCAUAUUUAUAGCUUUAAUUUUCUACACUGCUCAGCAGUACUCUAUAUUUGGUACAAUAGAAAAAAAGUCAUACAUAACAUGCAGAGAUCUGUGUUAACCUGAGAGAUUACAAAAUCUUACUGUGUUUGUUCAUGGCUGUAAACAGGAACUUAAAAGUUCCCAGACAGAACCUCGAGGUUUCUAUGGGGAGCAUUUAUGAAAGUUUUUCAUUUUUGCUUCAGAGAUUGAACACCAUGGUAGUCAUUGUUAUUUCUUCAUUGAAGUUUGCAAGGAGGGGAAGAAUUUGAGGCUGAACUCUUAAACGAAUCUCUACUUAGAGAGAGAUGUAUUGUUUUUAUUUAUGGAGUUAUUUAUCAUUCUGCCCACCUGUCUAGGUUUUCAUAAUUUUCUGUGUUUAGUUAUUAUUUAAUGAAACUGUUUUGAUGCUUUUGUUGCAAAAUAAUAUUGUGAAAAGAUUUAAACUACAAA